AAUUUACAGGAAAGAAUAAAUUUAAGACUUUCAAAUUCUGUAUUGCCAACACUGGCCGCGUCGCUUUCUGCAUUUCCGGAUACAUCUAUUUGAUAUCGAACAUCGAAGUAUUGUAAUUGCAGCGGUCCAAAGCCUAACCAGGCAUUCUCUGUGAAUUAUAACAUUCCAUCAUCCACAAUGAUUGAAACUGAAACGAAAGUUACUCCUGCCACUAACGAGGCUUCAAACACAAAUUCACCAGUAACAGAAAGCAAAUUGCCAAUAUCAGUCAACCCUGAUGAAGAUAUACCUGCUGUUGAUGCCGAUGUAAAGGAUUCGGAUACUGUUGAACCAAAGAAAGUUGAAGCAAAGGAAAAGGUGCCAGAAUCGCGAAAGGAUCCACGAGAAGAUCCGGUUGCUUGGGUGAAUUCACUAAUUCCUGGUGCUGUCCACAAGGUAAAUUACCGAUUGUUAGAUUGGGCUCAGCAGUUGGCCAUCGAAGAAGAAGAUAAACGGCAAAUGUUACCUGGCAGAAGUGAUGCUGUCACAAAGAAUCAGUUUUUGUCAUUUCUUCGAGAUGGAUCAUUGUUGGCAAAAUUAGCGAAUCGUCUUCAGCCGGGAACCGUCGAAACGAUCCAUGAAGGAGACGCGGCUAAGGAUAAGACCAAUCAGACAUCUAAUAUUAAUGCUUUCAUCAAUUUUGUUAAAGAAAAAGCUGGUUUAUCCGAGGAGCAGGUAUUUACUGCCGCGGAUCUACAAGAGAAAGGAAAAGCAGGAUAUCAAGCAGUAUUUAACACGCUUAUGCAGCUUGCUCUUAAGGCACAGGGCAUAUUUGAGCAAAAGGGAAUUGAUGUUGAGCAACUCGUUCAAACAGCUUCACAGGUGGUACCGACUAAUCUUGUGCAGACAAUUUUAAAUUUCUUCAGACGAGCACAGCCAAUUCAGACACCGAAAAAACUUGCGAAAGAAGCAGAAGAAAAAGAUAAGGCAACUACUGUUGAAAAGGUUGUCGAAGAAAAACAGGCGGGAGAGGAACAAUGUAAGAAAGUUGACACUCAAGCGGGAAGCGUCGACACACCGGCUGUUGCUGUUCAUUGAUUUCUAAUUUCAGUUCAUUUGCAAAAGAGAAAAAAAACUAUCUCGAAAAUACUUCAACUUCCUGCCAACAUGGCUUCAUUUUAGUUUUGCAAUUUCCCGUAAAUCAUCUUUAUUCAUCUUUAUUUAUUACUCGAACUGAACCAACCAGCGUAGUAAUUCAACUACUUAUCCUUGGCGUACAUGUGUAGUUCAGCUUGAAUUACUUGAAACAAUUUUUCUGUUGUUAGGGAAUCGGGAUAUGGAAAGGAAUCGAUAUAUUCUUGUCAAUAAAUAAAAAUUUGAACACACCGAUGAUUUGUUAUUACACAGAUUUACAUCCCUUCGCGUCUUCCCGAUUCCGCAAUGCUUUAUUAUAUUUUAAAAUUAUACUGUGGUUAAAGUUACUUUUUAAUAACUGAUAGAUUGA